GCGAUACUCCAAUAGGAACAGGUGGAAUUCCUCUCAGAUGAACGUCGGGCUGAAAUAUUACUUUACGUACGAAACGAUGCACCAGUACGCAGUGUUUUGGUCCUCAGAUACGGAUUCUGGGGUUAUAAUCAAGGCAAAUUUGAUUUGUUCGGCGACACUGAAUGGCACAUUAUAUUGGGAAUGAAAUUAAUUAAUAUGAAUUUGAGUGAAACAGAUAAAUCAUUUUUCAGCGAAUAAUUCCUCAACGUCUAUCUCAACCUUCUUGUUACUGGAUGAUGACAGUGGCUUGUAGGCAAAGAUCUCUGCUCUGUCUCUGGUUUUGAACGUAUCUAGGAUUCAGUGAAAACUUUUCGGUGUCCACAAUGCCAGAAAAAACGAGGUACAAUUUGGUGGAUGAUGUACACGAUCUCAGGAUUCCGAUGCACGACGAGGAAACAUUCAAGCACGGAGUGACGUUUGAAGUAAAGUAUAUUGGCAGCUUGGACGUUGUGCGACCCAAUAACCGGAUGGACAUUCUGGCAGCUAUGAGAAGAAUACGUUAUGAGUUCAAAGUAAAGAACAUUAAGAAAAAGAAAGUCAGUUUAAUGGUGGCUGUGGAUGGAGUCAAGGUCAUGUUGCAGGCAAAGAAAAAGGUGAAGGAAAAGGCAUGGGAUGACAGCCAUCAGGUAACUCUGAUCCAGGAUCCUAUCUACAGGAUUUUCUAUGUCUCUCAUGACUCUCAAGAUCUGAAAAUCUUCAGCUAUAUAGCACGAGAUGGCCAGAGCAAAGUGUUCCGUUGUAACGUCUUUAAAUGUAAGAGAAAGAGUCAGGCCAUGGAGAUUGUACGGACUGUGGGUCAGGCUUUUGAGGUUUGCCGCAAGCAGAGUCUGGAUGACGCUGACGAACAGGACAUAUUAGCUUGGAUGGGGAAAGAAGAGGACGAGAGGGAUCCAGUGUCUGCUGGCACAUCAGAGGACAUUAACCGCAGUGUGAAGGACUCCAAGAAGGAAAAGAAGGAUGCCGCGGUCACCACGGAAACCCCGAGACUAGCACAAUGGGGCAGUGAGUCGGCCCUGUCCGUGGAGCACCACAUCCGGCUGCUGCAGAGGCAGCUCCAACAGCAGGAGCAGAAGACCCAGGCAGCCACCUCACAGGCAGGGACACUCCGUCUGCUGACUGCCUCUCUGUGUGACCACUUCCAGGUGGCUUUGCUCCAGCAGCAGGUGCAGGUGGAGGUGGCAGCCAGGGCCGACGCCCAGAGCCGGGUGCAGCAGCUGCUGCACCAGAACGCCGAGCUGCUCCAGCACCUUUCCCUGCUGGUCAAACACGUCCAGGAGCUGGAGCUGCGUGUGUCCACACACUCCCCCUUGGGCUCCCAGGACAGCCUUCUUGAGAUCGCUCUCCGUCCCAACAUGCCACCUGUGUCUCUCAGCGCCACUACGGCCUACGCCUCUCCCCUCUCACAGGGCAGCCUGCUGGGGAUGGAGGCCUGUCCCAUCCAGCUGGAGCACUUCCGCUUCCUCCCGGGCCCACCCAACAAGGACCACAAGGCUGACAAGGACCAGGACCCAGACCCAGACCAGGACUCAGGCCAGGGAGACGUUGAAGAAGUCUCCCCAGUGGAGGGCUCCCCUCGGGGGGAAGAGUUCCUCUUCGCCGGCCUGGAGGUGCUGGGCUUCAGGGAGUCGGGCAUUGCCUCGGAGUACGAGUCUAACGCGGAUGAGAGUGAUGAGCGGGACAGCUGGGGCCAGGGUGAGGGGUCAGUGCUCCUCCUGAGCGAGCUGAGGGCAGAGGCAACAUCAGGCACAGGGAAGGGGGAGGUGUGAGCAGAAAGGAGACAGCAGACAACCUGCAACCCAACUCCACUGAAGCAUCAAUACCAUUGCAUUUCCAUUUAUUCGUUUGUUCAGACACUUCUUGUUCCAAACUAACAGAUGAAGCAGUGUAGUUUAAUGUAAAGAGUGUCAAAGAAGUCAGACUUAGUAUACCUUCUCAGUCUCCCAGUCUAAUCAAGUGCUAAUCAAAUUACAUGUCAGCCCCAAAAAUAAACAAACAAAAAAAUGCAUCUGCUGACAUUUUUAGCAAACUAUGGGUUGGUUUAACAUUCAUCACACACAUUCUCAAUGUAACCCCUCACUGUGGUGGGCCCAUAGUUAGCCUACCUUUCUGAAAUGUUGACUGUAUUUCUUCUGAGCCUGUGAGACUCCUGUAGCCUUCAGAUCUAAACGACUAUUCCUGUGGUGCUUUUUCGUCUCAGGUCCUCACUCUCUCUGAGGCAGUGCAUGAUAGAAAAAUAUUGUUUAGAUUGUUUUAUUUCUCAGUAUUAAUUGCAUUAGCUACAUCAAAAUCUCACAGUAUAUAUUUUUUCAGAUUAUGUCAAGAGUGUAAUUCCC